CGUCGGCGAAAACACUCGUGUUGAUGUCGAGUGACAGACCUGAAAGAAAGCAAAUGAAAAGCGACCAGCAUUGGAAAGAGCGUCAUCACUACGAAUUCAAUUAAUGGCAUUUGGAUUGAAGGUGGGGAUUUCCGUUGAUCUUUGCUUUUGGAAUUAGCCUCGACUGCUAAUAAUGCUAACGUUGCUUUUAUCAUCUCAGACAUUAUAUACUCGGAUCACCUGUUAACCUAUCAUCCAGGCUGUGAGCCUGCCUAACCUGCCGAAUAUGUCUCUCGUCAACUUAGCACAUGUGUUUUCACACCUCAACAAUGUCACAAAGGCCCGACUGGGUUUAACGUCCAUCCCAAACACAAAAAUGCACCUCAAAUUAGCACUGUCCAUGCAGAACCAAGGACUCAUCGGCAGCGUUGUUCGAGCAGGCAAGGCGCCUCCACCACCUCAUUUCCUUACGGGGCAGCCAGCAGUCGGUGGCGCGCUCGUUGAAGUCGAACCCGUCACACAACAAAAUGUCGCAUCGCGGCGACUUUGGCUUGGCCUCAAAUACUGGCAGAGUGAGCCUGUCCUCGGAAAGAUAACACAAAUCAGCAAGCCAAAACGAAGGAUUACUAUCGAUCUUCCUGGUCUCCGUAGAGUCUUGCAAGGCCAGAGGGACGGUCCCAUCGAAGGUCUACGGUCACCUGGAGAGUGUUUAUUCCUUGCAACUGAUCAAGGAGUAAUGGAGGCCCGAGAGUGUGUUGAGAAGAAAGUAGGAGGCUUGGUUUUGUGCCGAAUUAAUUAAGGCAUUGAAGAUUUGUAUAUGCAUCCAUCAGGAGUUAGUCGGUCAGACCUUGUUUUCAUAUGUCAUGCGUUUCAGAUUUUCGAUUCCUGUAUUAUAUAUGUACGCUAAGACGAAGCUCUUUUCACUGUCUAAAAUAAUACGGCUCACUUACCGUGAGUAAUUGCAUCGAAUUUAGAUACUAUGAAGACUCACUAGGUUCAGUUAGAAGCUGGCAAUAUCAAACGAUCUGGAGACUCAGGAGCUAUUCUUGCAAUACGAGCUAUUUUAGAGCUGUCAAACAAUCAACAACGGGAGAUAUUCUCCAAUGCCUAAAAUGGGCUUAUACUAUUAAUUAUCAUUCACUAAGAUAUGACCAUGCUAAUACACAAGGCAACCUCGG